GGAACUUUAAAGCAACCAGGGACUGCUGAAAAUAGCACUUCUUUUUGCUUUCUUUGUAUUCAAAACUAUAUCCUUUCCCGACCGAUUCUACUGCCCCACGUCCAAGUCUCUCCAGUCGGGAGCCGCAGCUCUCCAGAACAGUAACAGAUCCUUUAGCUCGCUUUUAUUAUUUUAUUUUUUAAAUUAAUUACUAUUACAUUUUCUCCCCCUUGUUUGUUUUCUGCACAUCUUCAGGAAGCCCUCGGUGCUUGUGCAAAGAGAAGCUCCUAUUGCAACCUCCAUCCCUGCACUGUGCUCCUCGGUGUAAACAUUUUGGAUGAUCUAAAGACUCUGGGGUCUGUAUAUGGAAAUAGUGGGGUGCAGAGCAGAAGAAAAUACUUGUCCUUUCCGUCCCCCAGCCAUGCUUUUCCACGGGAUCUCCGGAGGCCAUAUCCAAGGAAUCAUGGAGGAGAUGGAGAGGAGAUCCAAGACCGAGUCCCGCCUGGCCAAAGGGGGACAGAUGAACGGCCGAGAAACGAACAUGCCCCCCAUGAGCCCUGAGAAGCCUGCUUUGUGUGCUGGUUGUGGAGGGAAGAUAUCAGACAGAUAUUACCUGCUGGCUGUUGACAAACAAUGGCACCUCAGGUGUCUUAAGUGCUGUGAAUGUAAACUGGCUUUGGAGUCAGAACUCACCUGCUUUGCCAAGGACGGCAGUAUUUACUGCAAGGAGGAUUACUACAGAAGGUUCUCCGUGCAGAGAUGUGCCCGCUGCCACCUUGGGAUCUCAGCCUCUGAAAUGGUCAUGAGAGCCAGGGAGUCGGUUUAUCACCUGAGCUGCUUCACCUGCACCACUUGCAACAAGACUCUGACCACAGGGGAUCAUUUUGGCAUGAAGGACAACCUGGUUUACUGCAGGGCACACUUCGAGUCCCUUUUGCAAGGAGAGUAUCCCCCACAGCUGAGCUACACCGAGCUGGCAGCCAAGAGCGGAGGGCUGGCCCUGCCUUACUUCAACGGCACUGGCACAGUCCAGAAGGGGAGGCCCAGGAAAAGAAAGAGCCCUGCCUUGGGAGUGGACAUCGUCAACUACAACUCAGGUUGUAAUGAGAAUGAGGCAGAUCACCUGGACAGAGACCAGCAGCCUUAUCCCCCAUCCCAGAAGACAAAGCGCAUGCGCACCUCCUUCAAACACCACCAGCUUCGUACCAUGAAGUCCUACUUUGCCAUCAACCACAACCCAGAUGCCAAGGACCUCAAGCAGCUUGCCCAGAAAACAGGCCUGACCAAGAGAGUUCUGCAGGUUUGGUUUCAAAACGCAAGAGCCAAAUUCAGAAGGAACCUUUUGCGGCAGGAGAAUGGGGGUGUCGAUAAAGCUGAUGGCCCCGCACUUCCGGCACCGCCCUCAGCAGACAGCGGCGCACUCACUCCACCCGGCACUGCGACCACUUUAACAGACCUGACCAAUCCCACUAUCACUGUAGUGACAUCAGUGACCUCUAACUUGGACAGCCACGAAUCCGGGAGCCCCUCACAAACUACCUUAACGAACCUUUUCUAACAUU